CGCCCGGGGAGCUGUGAGGGAGGGGGGAGUGGCGGCUGCCUCGCGGGGAGCCGGCGCGGGGGGAUGGGCGAGAGUACCAGCCCCAUCAGCGUGAUCCUGGUGAGCUCGGGCAGCCGCGGCAACAAGCUGCUCUUCCGCUUCCCCUUCCAGCGGGGCCCGGAGCACCCGGCCGCCCAGGCCGGUAAGCCAAGGAGCCGAUAUGCUGUGAAUAGCACUAAUGACAACACAGAAGACCAAGAUGGAGACUCCAGAGAGCAAUGUCCUCUAACUGAUGAGCAAUUGGUUUCAGGAUUUUCAGAUGUCAUCCUGGCAACAAUUUUAGCUACCAAAUCAGAUAUGUGUGGCAAAAAAUUUGAGCUGAAGAUUGAUAAUGUCCGUUUUGUUGGCCAUCCUACCUUGCUGCAGCAUGCUCUUGGACAGGUAUCCAAAACUGAUCCAUCACCAAAGAGAGAGAUGCCCACCAUGAUUCUCUUUAAUGUUGUAUUUGCCUUAAGGGCCAACGCAGAUCCAUCGGUGAUCAACUGUUUACACAACCUCUCUCGUCGAAUUGCCAUAGUUCUGCAGCAUGAGGAGCGUCGUUGUCAGUACCUGACCAGAGAGGCCAAGCUGAUCCUAGCCAUUCAGGAUGAAGUGUCUGCCAUGUCAGAAACAGCAGAAGGUCCACAAUCACCUUUCCAUCACAUUCUACCCAAGUGCAAGCUGGCCAGAGACCUCAAGGAGGCUUAUGACAGUCUUUGUACUACAGGGGUGGUGCGAUUGCACAUCAACAACUGGCUUGAAGUGAGUUUCUGUCUGCCUCAUAAAAUCCAUUAUGUUGCAACAAGCUUUAUACCUCCUGAAGCGAUUGAAAGAAGCCUGAAAGCUAUUAGGCCUUACCAUGCCUUAUUACUACUGAAUGAUGAGAAAUCGUUGCUUAAUGAGCUCCCAUUGGACUGUUCCCCGGCCCUGGUGAGAGUGAUUAAAACUACCUCUGCUGUGAAGAAUCUGCAGCAGCUGGCUCAGGAUGCUGAUCUGGCAUUACUACAGGUUUUCCAGCUUGCUGCACAUCUGGUUUACUGGGGAAAAGCAAUUAUUGUCUAUCCACUGUGUGAAAACAACGUCUAUAUGCUGUCCCCCAAUGCCAGUGUUUGUCUUUACUCCCCUUUGGCAGAGGAAUUUUCCUGUCAGUUUCCUGGCCAUGAUUUGCCGUCUGUGCUUUCCAAGUUCUCUUUGCCAGUUUCCUUAUCAGAGUUCAAGAAUCCGCUAGCUCCGCCAGUACAGGAGACUCAGCUCAUACAGAUGGUAAUAUGGAUGCUCCAGCAUCGCCUUCUCAUCCAGCUCCACACGUAUGUCUGUCUGAUGGUGCCCCCGAAUGAGGAAGAUUUCCGAGCUCAAGAUGAAGAUAUGCCCUUCACUGCCAGAGUUGGAGGCAGAAGUUUAAGCACUCCCAAUGCUCUCAGCUUUGGCUCCCCAACCAGUAGUGAUGAUAUGACUCUCACAAGCCCUAGUAUGGAUAAUUCCAGUGCUGAGCUGAUACCUGGUGGUGACUCCCCAUUGAAUAAACGGAUGACUGAGAACCUGCUAGCGAGCUUGUCUGAACACGAGCGGGAAGCUAUCCUCAAUGUCCCUGCUGCACAGAAUCCUGAGGAUCUACGCAUGUUUGCAAGGCUGCUGCACUAUUUCCGAGGACGGCACCACUUGGAGGAGAUCAUGUAUAACGAGAACAUGCGCCGCUCCCAGCUGGUCAUGCUUUUUGACAAGUUUCGCAGCGUGCUGGUAGUGACCAAUCAUGAGGACCCUGUGAUUUCAGUCUUCCAGUCCCUCUUGAAAGCCUUGAUAAAGUCAGAGAUUUCAACUUUGGCAAACUCCCAGACAGAUACAGCCCAGACAGGUUUGGUUUAUGAUUGUUUCACUUCAGAUGGAGAUACAACAUCCUCAUUAGCAGUAACCACAGAGAUGGUUGAGAGAGUCCAGAGUUUUCUCUGAAGAAGCUGUGACAGCUGUUCUCUCUGUACAAUGUAGAUAGGAAAGCCCUAGGUCUUUGCUUAGGAUUCUAGUCCACUGCAGUUUGUUACAUAUGUUUGAAGUUUUCAGAAAUCUCAAUGAGGUUAGCAGAAGGGGCAAAUCCUUGACAGAAAGAGCUGAGGAACAAGAAAGGGAGGAAAAUCCCAGCAGGGUCAUCCCUCUCCUAAUUCAGAAAUUGAGCCAAGAUAUCCUCCGGGCCACAGAAGAACACCCCAAGAGGUGCACUGUGUAAUACUCUGUUUUGGAACAAGUACAUGCAGCGAUGGGAGACCACCUGCUUAAUAAAUCUUUACCAUAACUCAUAAGAUCUAAUGCCAACUCCAUAAACUGCAAAAACUGGUUUGAGGAGUCUCCAUCUUGGAAACUGCAGGCAGAAAACUUGCCUCUUUCUCCCCCAAUUGCUCCCAUUGCAGUUGGCAAAGACUGGUUCUUCUCCCCUUUCUGUAGUGUUUGUGAUGCCUACCAGCUCAUGCGAGUCCUGCAUACAUUUUGGAAAGAGAAAAAAAUCCCAACGAAGACAGUCCAUGCAAGUACUGAUAUACAAACAAAUAGGUGACAUGCACAACUGUUCAAAGUACCAAGGAAUCAAUCUGCUGUCCCACUGCAUGAGAACGUUAGCUGCAUUCACUGAACAGCGGAACCCAUUUUAGGAAAGGAGCAGUUUGACAGAUGGUAUGCGCAUCUCUAGACAGUGGAUUGAAAAGAAGCUGGAGGGAACAGUCGAGCAUGUUUGGGCUUUCCUUGAUUUGGAGAAAGCAGUCAAGGUACCUAGGAGACUGUGGGUGUCUUUGCUACAAUUCUUUGGGGUGCUGGAGGACCCUAUCUACAUGAUGAUGGGCUCGCAUGAGGGUUCCAUGACAAAAGUGCAGACACCUUUCAGCAUAAGAGAGAGUUUUGAGGUGAAGGUUUGGUUCCACGAGGGAUCAGCACUUAGUCCUUUACUAUCCAUAAUUGUAAUGGACUUUAUAAGUAAGCAAAUCCAAAUGGAAGAUGGUAAGGAGUUGAUAUAUGUAGAUGAUACUGUGCUGCUGGCUGAUAGUGAGGAAGAUUUGGUCCAGGCAACUAAUGCCUGGAACAAGGAACUAACAAACUAUGGCUUCAAAAUGGGUAAAGAAAAGGCUGAAGUCACGUGGGUGACUCACGUGGAACCAAGGCAGAUGAAUAUUGUGAUCGAAGGCCAGUGCCUAAGUCAGGUUUCUGCAUUAAGUAUGUUAAGGGCUGGUUAGUGGCAGCUGGAAAAGACUGAUCCAGUGCCCGACUCCAGCUAGCUGGAAAAAGGGGAAGACGACGAUGACAACGCUACAUCAAUUUGUGAUGUCAUAUUCCCCUUCCAUUAUUGUCUCUGGUGGAGAAAGGGAUUAGAGUAAAGAAAAAAUACCCCAGUCUAACAUUCUUAAGUUUUCCUUUUAUGCCUUCAUUUGUCUCCAUUAAGAAGGAAACGCUUCUGAGAAGCCAUUUGUGGUUAUUAUUUGGUGCUAAAUUUAAUAAGAUGCCCAAAGUCUCUAGAGAUCUUGGUUAAUGCAAGAGCGUGCUGUGACGAAGUGGGACUGUUCAUACUGGGGUCUGUGAAUGCUGGGUUGGUGCCUCAGUGCCCCUGGCAGUUCUUAAUAUCUAGGUGGUGAAUCAGGGUGUGUGAUUGCUGCAG